AUGGGCAUCCAUGCUGUUAGCGUCAUGCUAGAGGCUCUCAAUAGAGAUGCCCAACAUGCUACUAUCGCCAAGUUCAUUCAAAAUGAACUUGAUGCCGAACGCGAGAAAGUAGCCUUGCUUCACCAACAAAGUUCUCAACAAGCAGAGUUGUUGAGAGAACAGUGUGUCCAACAGUUUGAACUGUUGAGAAAGCAGCAGGCUGCUGCUGGUGGGUUGAUGCACUCGCGUCGACCCGAGACUUUGAAGGUUGACAUCUCCAAGUAUAGGGGAGUCGAAGAGGACUCCCUCUUGAGAUGGUUCGUCGAAUUAGAUGACGCCAUAAGGGCGCGUCGCAUCGACGACGGGGAUAUGCAAGUUGCAUUUGCCUGGUCAAAUCUGGCAGGACGUGCCAAGACUUGGGCACUGGGGCUCAAGCUGCACGACCCACAUGCGUUUGGGUCGUUGGAAGUCUUCAAGUCACGGCUCAGACAAACGUUUGAACCGCCUAGAGCUGAGUUCAGAGCUCGAACCGAACUCUUGAAGCUCAAACAGGGUAAGCGUGAUGUGCACGCUUACGCGCAACAUAUACGACAUCUCACGAGUUGUAUAAGUUCCAACCCGGUUGAUGAAUACACGUUGGUUUCGGUGUUCAUGUAG